AUGGAGCUGGCGAUUAUUUGCCGCCGCCUGAACUCGGCAGCGGACCCCUCCAAAACCGGCGACCUGGGCACACGGCUGGGGCGGAACGACCAGGAGAAAAUGGUGGCGGUGACCGAAGCCUUGCUGCGCCACUACGCGCACGCGGCGGCGCGCCAGAGGGGCUUUGCCGGCAUAGGCAAGCAGCCCCCCGGCGGCCACUACCACCGGCUGCUGCAGUUCGGCUGCGGCCAGCUGCUGUCUUGGCUAUCGGACCCGCGCGGCGGCGGCGUGGGGGGCCGUGAGGGUAUCGGCAGCGCGGCGCCGGAGGGCGCGGUGCGCGUUUGGGAGGCACUUCCACGCGGGGUGGUGCUGGAGGCGGCGGCUGAGGUGGCGGAGGGGCUGCUGGCGCCAGGGUGA